UGAAGUUAAUCUGUGCAAAUGGCUUGCUCCCUUUUCCAGAUUGCUUCCCUGGGUUUCACUAGCACUGCACUGACUCUCUCUUCUUUUCCAAGAUUUUCACCCAGACAUGGACAGUGCAAUAAUAACAAUAUUAAUAGUGCUCAAAAGUGCCUACACAUGAUCAGCAACACUAAAGCUCAACGCUUGGACUCUUCUUCUUCUUCUUCUUCUUCUUCUUCUUCUUCUUCUUCUUCUUCUUCAAUAACUCAGCGUAGGUCUGCAAAUUUCCAGCCAACUCUAUGGACUAAUGAUUAUCUUCAGUCCAUGAAGGAUGAUCAUUUCAUGACAUUAAAGUUGGAAACUAUUAAGGAGGAGAAAUUUCCAUCAAGGUUUGAAAAAUUGAAAGAUGCUACAAAGCAUUUGCUUCAUGAAAACAAAGACAUCAUCCAUCAAUUAAAGCUCAUUGACACUCUACGACAGCUUGGAGUCGCAUAUCACUUUGAGAAAGAGAUCAAGGAUGCCAUUGGAACCAUAAAUAGUUCAAUGGACAUAAAUUUCAUAAAGAAUGAUUUAUUUGCCACCUCACUCUUCUUUAGGCUUGUAAGGGAGUAUGGUUACAAGGUUUCACAAGGAGUUUUUGAUAGAUUCAAAAAUGAAAAUGGCAACUUCCAAUUAAGUCAUUGCAACAACAUAGAAGGAAUAUUAAGCUUGUACGAGGCAACUCAUCUUGUCAUGGAAGGAGAAAAUACAUUAGAGGAAGCUAGCGUUUUCACAAUCAAACACCUUAAGGCUAUCAUUAAGGAUCAAGACAUAGAUCCCAUACUCAAGGAGCGUGUACAACAUGCUUUAGAGAUGCCAAUGCAUUGGAGGAUGCCGAGGUUGCACACUCAUUGGUUCAUCAGAAUGUAUGAGAAGGAAGACAACAUGAACAUUAAUUUGUUAGAGUUUGCCAAGUUAGACUUCAACAUGGUCCAAAAUAUAUACAAAAGAGAACUCAAGCAGUGUUCACGGUGGUGGGCUAAUCUUGGCCUUGUUGAUAAAGACUUAAGUUUCUCACGAGACCGAUUAGUAGAAAACUACCUUUACGCUAUGGGAUUCGCAUCCGAACCAAAAUUCUCCUUUUGUCGCAUGAUACUUACCCAAGUUCAUUGUUUGAUAACAACCAUAGAUGACAUUUUUGAUGUCUAUGGCACUCUUGAUGAGCUUGAGCUAUUUACUGCUGCCGUUGAUAGGUGGGAUGCUAAUGACAUAGAUCACCUACCAAAGUACAUGAAAAUAUGUUUUCUAGGACUCUUCAACUCAGCCAAUGAAACUGCAUAUGAGGUGUUGAAAAUGAAGAAUGUGAACUGCAUUCCAUAUCUAAAAAAAUCAUGGGUUGAAUUGUGCAAAGCUUACAUUGUGGAGACAAAAUGGGCGCACAAUGAUUAUACACCAAAAAUAAAAGAGUAUUUAGAGAACGCGUGGAUUUCAAUUGGUGCUCCUCCUGCAAUCUCUUAUUCAUUUUUCUGCGCUAGUGAAACUAUAUCAAAUGAAGCUUUAGAAAAUUUAGAGAAUUAUCCGACCAUAAUGCGUCAAUCAUUUUUGAUUCUUCGCUUAUUCAAUGAUCUUGGAACUUCAAUUGAAGAGGCAAAGAGAGGUGAUAUGAAGAAAUUCAUCCAAUGCUACAUACAUGAGAAUGGUGUUUCAUGAGAUGAUUGCACGGGAAUAUAUACAAGAUCUAAUCCGAGAAACAUGGAAAGAACUUAAUACAAUCCAUUUUACAAUUAAUUCUUCAUAUGAGGGAUCCUUCACUAAUUUGGCAAUUGACAUUGCACGCAUGAACCAUUACUUUUUUGACUAUGGAGAUGGCUUUGGUAAACCAAAUCAUAAGAAUAAGGAUAGAUUUUUUUCUCUCAUGGUUGAACCCAUUUCCCUUGGUUAAUGUAAUUACUAUCUUGGUGCAUGAAUAACAAGGCUAUUAGACUAUUUAUUAACCUUAUGCAUGCAAAACUAUAGAUCUUUGGGGUGUAUGUUUAGCUUUAAAAAAAAAGUAAAAAAGCAAAGCAACACAAAUUUAUCUAACACAAUUUUCUUAUUUUAACUCUUUAGUAAAUCAAUUGCUUAAAUUCAU